CUAGAGGAAGGAGCAGGCAAUUUUCAGCCUUUCUAUCUGAUACACACUCAAACCCAUUUCCAACCACACACACACAGGCUUUUACUUAUACACACCACACUGUGGCAGGUGGCCUCUGCCCAGAUCAGUAGCUGUGGCAGAAACCAUCUCAAGUGACUGACAGAGGUUUCAUCUGAGGUUUGGAGCCUCCCUGACUGAGCGUGAGCAGAGUUAGGAGCAAAGAGCUUCACUUUCUUUCCUAGUGCAGAGAGACCGCACGUCAGGCACGAGGCUCUCCACUCCUCCCCUCUUCUACUCAUCCUUUGCUUGGGCUCUCGUCCAGAGAAUGACUGGCUCCAGUGGACCCAAGAGGAGGAACACAGACUGAAGCUUCAGCUCUGCCUUUCUGCCUGCCUGGUGGGACAGAUUUAUACACUGAGGUUUUACAAAUUAGCAGCUACACCUUUGUAUCAGAUCAGAUUUUUUUUCCCUCUUCUUUUCAUUCAUCAGAUCUGAAAGAGUGGGUCUAAGCUGUUCAUACAGAGAGACGAACAAACAGACGGACUGACAUAUGGACAGAGGACAGUGAGCACUGCGGCAUGAAUGUAGCAAGUGGACUUCUCUUCUCCCUGGUUACUAAGACCAAACAAGGAUAAUACCCAAAGCACUACCCUGUCCACAGAGGUAGUGGGUGGAUGCAGCUUUCAGUCGACUGCUAUAGGGGAAAGCAGAGACUGUAUAGAAGCUGCAGAGAUAGAUUUAGCUAAUUCACAUUGUGGUGAUCAUUAGAAAAUGGACUGCUACCUCCAAGGAAGCUCUUGCUGGAUUGGUAUAUCAAAGACUGCGUCUUAUUGAACACUGUUUGUGGAACGCUGCUGAGCAAACACCUGUGGGUCAUUUCUUUUGUCAUAGACUUUACUGGUCAUGCUGAGUGGACUUAAUGGCUUCUAACUAGGCAAAUGUAGAAUGUGUAUCUCAGUGAUGAUGGUAGAGCGCAUAAGGACUGUGUAUCGCUCGCUGAUGCUGCUGUAUAUUGCUCUUCUGGGCAUGACUCACACAGCACACAGCAUCUACCCAAGGAUACGGCUCUCCCACAAAGAGCUUUGGCAGCUGAACAGGACCUGGGUGUUCCAAGGACAUGGAGUGUCACUUCAACCCCAGACCAUGCUGCUGGAUGAGGGCCACGAGAGGCUUUAUAUUGGUGCCAAGAAUGCUCUGCUCUCUCUUAGCCUGGACCGGGUUAACACACACCAUGCAGAGAUCCAGUGGGCCAGUACAGAAUUUCAGGUGGAGGAAUGUCUGAUGAAAGGGAGGGAAAAGCCAGAAUGUGCAAACUACAUAAAGGUCUUACAGCAGUACAAUCAGACCCAUUUGUUAGCCUGUGGAACAGGAGCCUUCAACCCCAUCUGUGCCAUGGUCAGAGUGGGGCACACAUGGCAGGACAGGCUGUUCGCUCUUGAAGAAGAGAGUGUUACAAGUGGCAGAGGACGUACUCCAUAUGACCCUAACAGUCCCUGCACGUCUACACUAUCCGGAGGAGAGCUUUAUAUUGGCCUCUACACCGACUACUGGGAGAACGAUGGUGCUUUGUGUCGACUUAACAACCAGACCUUCACACGCACAGAAAGAAAUGACAGGCGGCAGCUAAAUGAUCCCAAAUUUGUUGGGUCAGCAGUUAUACCUGACAACGAUGACAGAGGUGAUGAUAAAGUUUACUUCUUCUUCACUGAGCGAGAGAUGGAUACGGAAGGUGUGACCAAGGCUGUCUACUCUCGUGUUGGACGAGUCUGUGCGAAUGACCAAGGAGGACAGAGGAUGCUCGUGAAUAGAUGGACCUCCUUCCUGAAAACUCGCCUGAUCUGCUCUGUGGCUGGACCAAAUGGCAUUGAUACACAUUUUGAUGAGCUUGAGGAUGUGUUUGUGCUCAACAACAAGGAUGAGAAAAACCCAGAAAUCUUUUGCCUCUUUAGCACAACAAGUGUGGUGUUUAAAGGUUAUGCAGUGUGUGUCUAUCACAUGGAUGACAUCAGAGCAGCCUUUAAUGGGCCUUUCGCCUUCAGAGAGAGACCUGAGCAUCAUUGGACACCUUAUGAGGACAGAGUCCCCUAUCCUCGACCUGGAUCUUGUGCCAGUAAAGUGAACGGUGGUGGCUUCUCCAGUUCGAAGGAGUUCCCUGAUGAGGUCCUGCGGUUUUUGCGUUCUCACCCAGUGAUGUAUCAGCCAGUCCUUCCGCAGCAUCACAGACCUGUCCUACUACAGACAGAGCCAGGCAGGAGAAAGCUGACCCAGAUUGCAGUUGACAGAGUCCAAGCCCAAGAUGGACACUACCACGUUCUUUACAUUGGCACAGAUGACUCAGUAGUGUUGAAAUUUAUCACCAUCUACAACAAAGACGCAGAUACUAUGGAGGAGGUGCUGCUGGAAGAGCUGGAAGUAUUCAAGGUAAAAACACCAGUAAGAGAGAUCAUAAUAUCACCUAAAAGGCAACAGCUAUAUGUUGGGUCAGAAGUGGGUGUGGCUCAGAUCAGACUGCAUCAGUGUGACCUCUAUGGUUCAGAAUGUGCUGACUGCUGCCUGGCUAGAGACCCCUACUGUGCCUGGGAUGGUGUCACCUGCUCCAGAUAUUACCCUGCUGGAGUCUACCCCAAGAGCAGACGAUUCAGGCGGCAGGAUGUGCGCCAUGGCAACGCUGUCCAGCUGUGCAAUGGGCUGCAAAUUGAUGAUGAAGAAUGGCAGAGAGCUAAGGAGCGGCUGGUGUACAGCGUGGAGAGCAAUAGCACAUUACUGGAAUGUGUCCCUCGAUCACUUCAAGCCAAGGUCCUUUGGUUCUUCCAGAAAGGAGAGGAGAAGCACGAGGUUCGAGGUGAUGAUCGAGUUGUCGUGACCUCACAUGGGCUGCUGUUCUUACGUGUAAGAAGCUCAGAUGCUGGUGUGUAUGUUUGCCAGACAGUGGAACAUGGAUAUGUGCACACAUUAUUACGUAUCACUCUACAUGUGCUCAGAGGGGAAAGGGUGGAGUCUGCAAUCCACAUGGCUAAUGAUGGAGCGGAGGCAAAAGCAGCAGCUCUGUGUCACUCCUCCAUGGGUCCUCCACCAGGCCCCAGCAUCAGCCCCAAAUCUCUGGUGCCAUCCUCAGUAUCAGGCUCCCAAUCCAGGCUGUGGUACAAGGAAUUCCUCCAGCUGAUUGGCUACGGGGAUGCUCAAAAAGUGGAAGAGUACUGUGAGAGAGUGUGGUGCUCUGAUAAGAAACGUAAAAAGACUAAAAGGAAGUAUGUUCCUGUAGCUGGUGAGAAGAGAGUGAAAGGGAAGGGAGUGGAGAACUCCCACAGAGCUCCUAGACACACCUUGGACACCUGAGGAGAACAGAGACUGACUGCACAUACAUACGCACACUUACACACAGUCUAAAGGUCAGACUCAUUCAAUGUUUGCACCAUGUAAAAGCGUUUCAAUUUGCUUUCAACAAAAGCAGUACAAGAAAUACAAACAAAAACAGACAAACAAAAAAAGGACAGUAGCAGGCUGUCUCGCUACAUUGUAGCUACAUUUAUUACUCAAUAAUUGGACUGUGUUGUUUCCCCUUGUGGUAUAAAAUUAUUUUUGGUGCAGAGAAACAUUACAAACUUAAGUGUCAGUGCAGAGAAGAUGACCUAGAAGCAAACGGACAACAGCGAUGUUGCCUCGGAUCUGAAGAGACAGGAUAAUAACAGUUCCCUUGGACUGACCCGGCUCAACCCAUCCCAACUGUCAAUCAAAUCACACACAGAGACUGCUUUACCUCUCAUUCAGUGGUAAAAUUUUUACAGCAACUACAGUACCCUGAGAGGGAACAACAAUAUUCAAGCCACCUGCCGUUGUACUUUAUUUGGUACCAUGGUAAUUUAUUUUCUUUGUUUUUUCUUUCAGUAGUGUAGCUGUUUAGAUGUCAUUAACUGGAGAUUAUGUUGUUUUUGUACACUGAAAAAUGAUUUGAGCAUUAUGAUACUGUUGGCUUGAGUGGACUGCAGCCAUGGCUUUGGGAUGUGUGGUUACAACAGCCACAGUGCAAGAUGUGUUGUAAUUAUAAUGCCGCUGUUAUGGAUAUUUGAGGCAUGUUUCUAUUACAAUUGCACCCUUGAUGAAAAUAAUUGCUGUCUAAUCACUUCUAAAACUUGUUACAUUAAAUGAAAAGUGAUCUUAGUAGUGGAUAUCAUUGUUACUAUGUGUCUACCUUUACAUCUACUAUUGUGAUCAAAUGUACCAACAGUAUUGUGUAUAUUGUAUGCUGUAUUUAUCUAAAGUUCAGGGUGGUCCUUAUGUGCAUUACUAUAACUGUUUACUGUUUUACUGUAACUGUAUUACAAAAAGGUAUCCUUCUCUGCUCGCUGAUCUGUUCACCUCCCUUUUCUAUCUUUCUAUUUCUCUUUUCCUUCGUUUAGUGCCGUGUUAUCCCUAUAAUCCCUUUUUAUUUCUCAGCAAUGAUAUUGUAGGUUACAAGCAACAACACCAACACCAACUUUCCAUCUGAAGAAAAAAAAUGUUGCAGUGAAGUACACUGUAGUUGUUGUGGUAAUCAUUCUGGAGGACCAUGUAGUUUUCUUCAUGUUCAUUAUUUAUUUCUUUUUUUUUUUUUCUUUGUUGUUUUCAUCUGUGUGGUAUAUGAUAAAAACGUCCAGUUGUUCUAUGUCAGGCUUUAUGGUUACUUAUCAUUCUCCUUGAGUAUUCUUCAUCUAAAACUCAGAAUAAGAUGUUGUGUUUGCUAUACCCCUUAUAAAUUCCUGUCAUUAAAAAAAGAUGGACCAUC